AUGAUGGAGAACCAGGAGAGCGUCGGGAGCUACUCGCCUCUCACAGGCUUCGUCUUCAUCUUCAACCUCAUUGUAGGCGCUGGAGCGCUCACGAUUCCUCACGCUUUCGCCAAUGUUGGUCUCGCUUAUGGGUCCGUCGCAUUGUCCGUCCUGGCUUCGGUCAGCUAUGUGACGGCCACCUUUAUGAUCGAAGCUAUUGCAGGCGUGAACGCACUGAAGAGAUGCAAGGGUGAGCUGGGAGCAAAUGCCAACACGGACGACGACGACAAGCGGUCGCUUGAGGAGCUCAACGACAGUGAUGACAACGAUGUACUCACGGAGUUUGUGCCGCUAAUGGUGGCCAAUGAAGAACACGACGCGCUCCAGAAGAACCUACGGACGAAGGCCAGUGAGCGUAAGCUCCGCUUUGAUCUGUCCAAGAAGGUGGAGCUGGCCGAAAUGGCAGAGCUGCUGUUCAGCCACCGAGGUGUUGUGGCGUUCUACGCGUGCAUCACAGUGUAUCUAUACGGCGACCUGGCCAUCUAUGCUGUCGCCGUCCCAAAGUCUCUGCGAGAGAUCAUUUGUCCUCGUCCCUCUGCUGACGCUAUUGUCUGGGCAUGUUCGGACGAAUUCAACAGCUCAGAGCUCUACCGUCUUUUUGUCGUGCUCUUCGGACUGUUGCUCGGUCCAUUCACGUUUGGCCACGUGCACAAGACGCGCACACUUCAGCUUGUUUCCACUGUUAUUCGCCACGCAUCUUUUGGGCUGAUGAUUGUGCUUGCCAGUUUUGGAAUCGCGCGAGGCCACGGACGAAGCUUAGCUGAUGUCGUGAGUUAUGAAAAGUCCUCGAACAUUGCCACCUUUUUCGGCGUGUGCAUCUAUUCGUUCAUGUGCCACCACAGCGUUCCGGGCCUCGUGGCACCUAUUACAAACAAGUCGAAAGUCGGAACGGUUGUGAUUUCGGCCUUCAUGGCGGUCCUUAGCGUCUAUUUCGUGCUGUGCGCCUCGGCGACGUUCCGUUUCAAGCCAGAGGACGUCCAGGAUGUGUACACACUCAACUUCAAGAACUACCCCGUGCACGCGUUUGGAUACUUUCUCAGCUUGUUCCCGGUGUUUACUCUAAGUGCGAGUUUCCCGCUGAUCUGCAUCACCCUUCGCGAGAACAUUCGCCACCUCGCAUCGCGUGUGGUCGAGGCCAGCCCAGCGACCAACGCUAGUGCUCCGCGUGGCCUGUACGGUUUCGUACAAGUGAACACGUACGCGCUCGUGGCGCUUCUGCCGCCACUCGUCGUGGCGUUUUUCACGGAAGAUGUGUCGAUGCUCGUGGGAUUCACAGGCACCUACGCUGGAUUGGGCAUCCAGUGGCUUGUCCCGACAUGUCUCGUCUACUGUUUGCGCAAUCGUCUGGCAGUGGAAUGGCCGCAACAAUAUCCGAUGGAAGGAGAGCUUUCGCCAACUUCUGAGGCAACACGUGGACCCAAGAACCGCUACGCAAGUCCAUUCGCACACGACGCGUGGCUCUACGUGGUGCUUGGGUUCUCGCUCGUUUCGGUCGUGCUAGUCACCAUUACACACGGCAUGCUCUAA